AUGGAUCCUUCGCAGAUUCCUGUGUCUGACAGCCCACUUGCUGGGAGCCCGUCCGCGGCCGGUGGACCGACUGUCCCGGAUCAGGCGACUGUCAUGAUGGAGAUGUUGCAAGCCGCUACUCAGGCAGCUCAGGCAGCAGCGGUGAGUGCGCAAUCUGUUGCGCAGCUGGUUUCUCGCACCGAAGCUUCUUCAGAGACGAGUGGAGCCACAGGUGGAGGCGGCUUUCAAGCGUACAAGCUUUUGAAGCACCCUGACCCUUUUGGAUCAGAGAACACUGACAAUGAUGCGGUUCAGUGGGGCGCCUGGCUUCACGGUUUCCGUACUUGGCUUAGUGUAGUGAACCCUGCUUAUGAGCCAGAAUUGCUUGAAGUGGAAUCCCGUUGCAGCGAGCCUUGCAUUUCGAUGGAUGUUUUGCCUGACCCGACCAAAUCCCGAAGCAGACAAUUGUAUGGCAUUUUGUCGACUUUGCUGAAGGGCCGACCGUUGCAGGUCUUGCGGCUGACUCAGAAUCAGCAUGGUUAUGAGGUCAUGCGUGUUUUGCAUCAGACCUUUCAGCCUCGGACCAGAAGCCGCGCGAUGGCCAUCAUCACGGCCAUCAUGGCCACUCCGGCCUUCAACAAGCAGUCUACGAUUCGCGAACAGGUUCAUGCCUUUGAGCGGGCGUGCUCAGAGUACUUGAAAGCAUCGGGAAAGGAAGUUAGUGAGGACGUGAAGUUUUCCAUCCUUCUGCGUUCAUUGCCCAAGUACCUUCGUGACCAUAUCAAUCUUUCUCUUACCGAAGAGACGACAUACGCUCAAGUUCGUGAGCAGAUCUUGCAGUUUGAAAAUGUAGCCAGCCUACCGACAUGGAUGUUGAAGAUGAGGGCAGAUCAGUCGGCGCGCGAUCGUGCGCGUGUACAGCAGGUGGAGGACUCUCAUCCACCAGCCAAUGCCUCUGCCGAUGCCUCUCCUGCGACUGCGGCUAGUGCCAACUCUCCUGCAAAGUCCGUCAAGAGCGUUCGGAUUGACCUGUCCGGUGACUAUGCCGGAGUCCUGAGUGGUGCGCCUUCGAUUCGCGCAGUGUCGUACCAAAGCAGUCCGGUAUCAUCCAAUGCAGUGCCGUACCCAAGCAGUCCGAUAUCAUCCAGUGCAGUGCCGUACCCAAGCAGUCCGGUAUCAUCCAGUGCAGUGUCCAUCCCGAGCCCACAGGAUUCGUGUCCCGAGUUGUGCUGUGCGGUAUACAGCAUGAGUGCCAGCGAUCACGAUGGCAGAUGGACGUUGGUCCCAGGUCCAGAGCCGGAUCCAGAGGUUCAUGUGCCCCUUGAUGGUCGUGUGUGGGCAGUCAACAGCUCCUUUAGCAGUGACGGUGAUGUUGUGGUGUGCAUUGACACUGCAGCUGAUGAGUCGUGCAUUCCGUACUCGUACUUUCAGGUUGGAAGCAAAAGUGCACAAGGUCCCAGAGGGCUAGUUGAUGCAUCCGGGAACGCGAUGCAAACUCGCGGUGUGCGACACGCCUCUUUGCAGGUUGGUGAUGUGGAGAUAGUUGAUAGAUGGGUUGUGACCGGGGUUAGUCAGCCUAUCUUGGCUACAGGCAAACUCCUCCGCCGGGGGUGGAAGAUCAUAGGUCACGAUAGCCCAGGUGGUCUCGCACUUGCCAGUCCCGAUGAGAGUGCAUGCAUCCCUUUGGACUUCCAGCACAAUACGCUCGUGUGCCGAGGUGCUGUGCGUGCCAUCAGCGAUCCCCUUGAAGGGCCAGGUGUUGUGCAAGUUUCUGGUUUGCUUGACAGGUUGCUGACCGAGCAUGAUUACUUGUCUGAGAUCGCUCCUUCGGUAUUUGCGGCAAAGCUUGUGUCUGACCGGCAUAUUGAUUUGGGGUUGUACGCGCCUCAUGAAGGUUUGGCUUACCGCACUACCUUGCUGCGCCAGGGUGCUGACUGGGUGCUGUUAGAGCUGAGUGAGUCUUUAGCUUCGCUGGAGACGCCUAACGAGUUGCUUCAUCCUUCUGGAGAGCAAUUUGAUCUGAUCGUGUUUGGUCAUCGUGAACAGCUAGGUCCUGAGGAACUUGGAUUCACUAUGCAAGGAGAGCCUGGCGGCGUUGGCAGCAUGGAACCUUCACCCUCAGGGAGCCGCCCUGAUGAUGCGUUGGCUGAGGUUGCCAGCCCAAGUGAGCCCGAUGAGUCAAGUGCGAAUCCAGCAGAGUCCGCUCAGGCCGAUGCCGUUAUGAUGGAAGCUCUCGCAGAUGAGCCGUCGGCAUUGCCCGAAAGCAUCACCAUCAACGAGGUCAUUUUGACACCGACGACCACGCUCUCUACCUUGAGGGCUGCGUGUACUUCUUUGGGUGUUGGCAAAAGUGGGUCGCGGGCUACUGUGUUUCGGCGGCUCGCGGAUAGACUGAAGACCCUUGAGCUUGCUGCCGCUGCCCGCGCAGCUGAAGGAGGCAGUGGAUUGCCUGUUGCUCAGGGUGUCGUCCCCAAGCAACCAAUCGAACCUACGCCAGAGCAGCGCAGAGCUCACGAGGCCACGCAUUGCCCGUAUGAAAGUUGGUGCGAACACUGCGUGGCGUUCAGGGGGCGUGAUGCUGGGCAUGCUGAGGUGAAAGGCUCCGAGGAUCGUAUGCCUUGCAUAAGUUUCGACUAUGGGUUUUCCGCUCGUGCCGAGGGUGAACCGAAGACCACAGCCCUUUUUGUUCACGAUGCUCACACUGGUUGGCGCGAAUGCUUCCCGGUCCCUGCCAAAGGAGGUGUUGUCAACGGCAUGAAUGUUCUAGUGUAUCUAGCUUCCGAGUUGUGCCGCUUGAUAUCCUUUCUUGGGUACAGCCAAGUGAUCAUCAGGUCCGAUGCUGAGCCCACGUGUUUGGCAUUGCAAAACGAAGUGAAGAAGCUGCGACUUAGCUUGGGGCUGAGGACCGUAUGUCAGCAGGUUCCGGAAGGAUCGCACCAAAGCAAUGGAGGUGCAGAAAUGUGUGUUCAUACGGUUCGUCAAGUUGCCGGGUCAAUCUUGUCGUUCUACGAAAAGAAGACAGGUCAAAAGGUAGCCGGCAGCCACCCACUGCACAGCUGGGCACUAAGGCAUGCGGCCUUUAUCCUGAACCGCUUUCAGGUACGGUCCGGAGGCCUAACGGCCUUCGAGUCUGCCCUUGGAAGGCCGUACAAAGGGGCCAUGAUUCCAUAUGGAGAGACGGUUAUGCUUUUAGUUCCUCAAGGAGCAAAGGGGAAGCCCAGAUUCGUGCAAGGACAAGUCCUUGGCAAGGUGAUGUCGAGUGAUCAAUGGAUUGGGUGCACGUCCUCGGGACGAUUAGUGUUGGCGCGCACCGCGCGACGCAUGCCGGCCGAGUUUCCCCCGCAGGACCCUAAGUUGCUUAAGGAUCAUCCUUGGAAGCACCCAGGCUUCAUCGCUGGAUCGGCAGGGCGUGUCCGUGUGCAGAGAGAGCCCAAGGUUGAGUUGCCAUCAGGCCUUUCGCCACUCCUCGCUGGCGGGGCCCAGGAACAGCUCGAGGCUGGCGGGGGAGAAUUGAUCGAAGAAGGCCGACAAACUGUGCCUGGUGACGUGACCUCACUUGAUUACUCUCCCAGUCCAGUGCCUUCUGUUGCCCCCGGAGCCGCUGCUCCUGCAACUGCUGAUUCUGAUGCUUUGAGCAGUGAUGCCGAAUCGACUUCUUCAGCUACGACGCCCGCUGAGUCUGCUGCGCCUGCUGUGCCCGCAGAACAGCCAGCGCCUAUGGAUUUGUCAGAAAGAGAGUCUCGUGAUCAUCCUGCUGCAGAGGACGACGAUGACCGUGCCAAGCGUGCUCGCAUCGCUGAGGUUUCUUUCGAGCACGGUGAGGAAGAUCCUGUGGAGUUUACGGCCGAAGACUGCGAACAAAUGUUUGAUCACGAUGAUAGUAUCGAUGAUCGAUCUGACGAGGCGCUUCCUUCGAGUGUGCCUCUGGAGCUGUACCGUCCGUUCAGUCCCGACGAGCCUGACUUGCCUCAGUCAGAGAUGUACGACCUAGAUGCUAUGGCAGAUCAGCAUGAGAUUUCACGGCUGUUAGGCAUGAAGGUUUUGAAGGAAGGCAGCCCGCUGAGCAGUGCCGCCAAGGUGUUGUCCACGCGCUUCGUCCGAACAUGGCGUGUGAAGCCACAUCCCGUGACAGGGCAACCUUCGUACCUGAGGAGGAGCCGCCUGGUGGCGCGGGAGUUCGCGCGUGAUGACCCUUCGAGAUCAGGGUUGUAUAGCCCGGCUAGUCAGCAGUUACUCACGAGAUUGUUGCCAGCUCUUUGGGGUUCGCGUGCCGAUCAUGUGAUGUUCUCCUUAGAUGUUGCGGAUGCCUACUUGUGCGUCGACCAGCCUUGCGAAAUGUGGGUAUCCCUGCACGGCGGACAAUACCAAUUGCUAAAGCUCCUUCCGGGGCAGCGAGAAGGGUCUGCUCGGUGGUAUGACAUGUUUUCUGCUGCACUCGUCGAGGCCGGAGCCACGGCUUGGCCUGCAUGCCCAGCCCUGUUUCGCUUGGAGGACGGUCAGGGCGCAGGUUUGACACAUGUAGACGAUUUACUUGGUGAAGGGUUUUUGGCAGCACUUCAGAAACUUACGGGGUUUCUUCAGACCAAGUUUUCGUGCAGUGUGCAGUUUCUUGUAAAGGCAGGUGACAGUAUUAGUUUCUUGAAGCGGGAACAUGUGAUGACGUCUGAUCGGAUGCUGACCAUCCGGAGCCAUCCGAAACACCUUGAGCGGCUCAUGGAAGUCACUGGAGUCCGCCAUGGGUGUACUGGCAAGAAGACGCCUCUGCCUUUGCAAGUGCCUGACUUGGUUGAGUCGCCGAGUUUAAGUGCUGAGCAGUCUGCAAAGUACAAAACAGCUGUUGGAAUCCUUCUGUAUGUGCAGGCCGAAAUCCCUCAUUGCCAGUUUGCCAUAAAGACGUUGAGCCAACAUCUUGGAAAUCCGACCGAGGCUUGUUGGUCGAUGUUAAAGCACCUAGUGCGCCACAUGACAAGCACGGCUGACUGGGCAUUGUCGAUGCAGCGUGUUGAGAAGGGCAUUGGUGUGCGUGCCCAGUGCCCCGGGCGCGACAUCGUGGAGUGUUACACCGAUGCGGAUUGGGCCGGCUGUCGGACCAGCCGGAAAUCCACAAGCGCCAUGGCCUUGUUCGUGAACUCCUUGUUCCUGAUGAGCGCCAGUCGGUCUCAAAAAGCCCUAGCUUUGAGCUCGUGUGAAUCCGAAUACACUGCCAUGGUCGGAGGAGCUGCAGACAUGUUGUAUGUUGGUGCCGCGCUGGAGUUCUUGUCAGGAGAGCAGCCUUCGUUGCAUUUGUUUUGUGACUCUUCGAGUGCCCGCCAGUUGGCAGCUCGCAAGGGUUGCGGCAAGAUCAGGCAUUUGCAGUUGAAGCUACUUUGGCUUCAAGACAAGCUUGCAGCUGCUGCGUUUCAGUUGCAUCCGGUGCCUACCAAGGAUAACCUGUCCGACCUGAUGACAAAGUCGUUGCGUGCCGAGCGUGUUGCAUACUUGCUCUUCCACUUUGGCAUGGUUGACACCAAGCAUGGGAAUGAUCUGAUCGGCGCUGAUCAAGUGCGCUCAGAUGAUGAUCGACAGGCUUUGAAGAUUGCAAUUCGUGCAGUCCGGCAGGCGAGCCGAGAUCCCCAGCAAAUGGCGAACGUUUUGCGUGUGUUGUCGUUGGUUGCGAUGAUUGAUUCCACCAGCGCCUUGAGCUUGGCUGCGCCAGAGGAGCCAACGGUGACAGCAGCCACAUGGGGAAUCGUUGCCUUGAUUGUCGGUUGCGUCUUCCUUGGAGUGCCGAGUGCACCAGUGUCGAUUGCCUGCUUGAUGACGCUGUUGACCUUGACCUUGUGUGGAUGCGACCUCUCUGACGAGGACCAGCAAGGGUUUAGGCUAGGAUGGGUUAUUAGCGUAGAGGUUGAUUGGUGUAGCCAAGGUUUCCUGCCGGGGUUUAUCCUUAGUGCCGCAAUAGGGUUGUUAGGUCUAGUUGCCACUUUGGUUUUCUUGCGUGCAAACGGCGCCAGUGCCGAAGCCUUACCAUCUUGCUUGAAUGAGAAUGGUGCCGAGCCGGAUCACACAGGUCCGAGUGCAGAUCUUGUGCCGCAGGGCGUGUCGUGCCCCAGCACCCAACUUGAUGAUGCAGGCAUUUCGAGCCAGGAUGUGUGUGGAGCUGCAGCUGAUACCUUGACCUCAGAUGAUCAUGAAGCUGACGUCGUGCCUGAUGCUGUUCUUGGGGAGCCUGAACCGAGUGAAAGCGCAGUCGAGUGGCUUUCAUAUCAGGAGUGGCUGGAUAGCCUUGACCCUCGAGAGUACAGGUACAUCUUCAACAUUGAUUCCGAGCCGGAAGAUGAGUUGCCAAGCUUCUUGAGUCUGUAUGGUCCUGACGUUCAGAACUAUGAGAACGAACAUGGCACCGCGCGAGGUUCUGAUGAGCCACCUGAUGCACAUGCAGCCGGCAGUGCUGCUGAGCCCCCUGUUGUCAAUGAUGAGCCGUAUGUGUACACCACGAGACGUGGCCGUAAGUUGCACAGAGCACCAACGUGUGCCACAUUGUACAACUCUCGAGCCAUCGAGACACUGCCAUUGUCUGUGGCGCAGCAGCGCUACCCUUGGAGGGCAUUUUGCAGUAUCUGCCAGGGCUGA